GCCAUUUUCUUCCUAUCGCCAUUUCAUUUACGCAGUGAGAUGGAGAAUUGAAAAUUUCAAAGAGAGAUAGAAAUACAAUAAAUUUAUUAUUUGAAUAGUUUUAAAUUAUAAACAUAAACAUAAGUCUUUGUAAAGUUCCAUCGGUAUUAAUUAACGAGUUUUCGAAGAAACUCACUAGGUAAUGUAAAAACAUUCAAAAUGUUCACGACUAAUACUGUACAAGCUGGAGCUGUGCCGGCUUUACAGUAUCAAGAACAUGCUCAGAAAUCACAAGGAAAAGGUAUUGAGAAUGUUCAACAAAAACCCGCGCAACAAGCACAGCAAACCCAGCAGGAAUUCCCAACUUUCUGUUAUACCAAUGUUAACAUGAUUGGUAAAAUUAAUGCUGGGGCAACAACUGGAGCAGGAACAGUAGCUGGUGGUGUCAACAUAGCCCAACUGACAACUGGCGAUGAUAAAACUUGUUAUAUUGCACAGCCUUUUUCCACAUACAACUAUGCAUUAGUGAACCAAAUGCAAAUAGCUCCAAAUGGAAUUCAGAAUACUAUUUCUAAUAUAAGUUUCAAGUGUGAUGUUUGUGGUCUAAUGUUUGGACAUUUGACUUUAUUGAAUGCUCAUAAAAGAAUACAUACGCAAGAUACAGACACUAAUAUAACAGUAGUGACGACUGGAGUUAGCUCUGCUAAUGAUGUUGCAAUGCCCCCACACAUACAAAUACUAUCUUCAGAUCCUAGUGACCAACAACAGCAGCAACAACACGUACCAAUACAGGAUACAAAACCUGUUUUAUUAGACAAAAUACAGAAAUGCAUUACAUGUGGCAAUGUGAUCCCCAACAACCCAAAACGGAAAGGACCCAAACUGAUCAGAUGUGAAAAUUGUAUAGCCCAGGUUAACAUUGAACACAGACAAAGUCACUUGAAUACGGCUCAAAUAUUUGUGGCUGAAGAUAAUGUAAAGUAUGAAGUGAGUGGGGUACAGCCCUCCACAGACCCUUUGGCAACCGCACAGUCCAAUCAACAACAGCAGAAACACUUGCCGGGACAUCAUCCUGUAAAAAAGAGAAACUUAGCCUCAGUGACUAAAUGCCAGAACUGUAAUGGCUCUGGUAUAAUAUUUGUAGGUGGCAACAAAAAUAAAAAUAAUCCUCAAAACCCGGAUAAGUCAUAUCAUUGUAAUAUUUGUGGUGGAUCAUUCUCACGAUAUUCCUCUUUAUGGUCACACAAAAAACUACAUUCUGGUGAAAAGAACUUUAAAUGUGGCAUUUGUGGGAUUGCAUUUGCUAAAGCGGUGUAUCUUAAAAACCAUUCUCGUAUACAUACUGGAGAAAAGCCUUAUAGAUGUAAUACAUGCGGUAUGCAGUUUUCACAAUCUCCACAUUUAAAAAACCAUGAAAGAACGCAUUCCGGAGAAAAGCCAUAUGUCUGCGAGGUCUGCGACAAAGGUUUCGCACGCCACGCGACUCUAUGGAACCAUCGACGUAUUCACACUGGGGAGAAACCUUACAAAUGUGAUACAUGUGGUUCAGCGUUUAGUCAGGCAGCUCAUUUAAAGAACCAUGCAAAGGUGCACUCUGGGGAAAAGCCUUUCAAGUGCGAUAUCUGUACAGCAGCUUUUGCUGACCGAUUUGCCCUGAAGAGGCACAGAGGGAUCCAUGACAAGUAUGGUCAAACUGCACCAUUACCAUCCAAGAUACACCAGAAUCAAUUAGAACAGCAAGCAACCCAACUUCAAACAAUUUCAACGAACCAACAACCACAGACCACACAACCAGCCGUGGAAGUUGAACAUUGUCCUGAACAGAGUCUAUGAGUCCAACAUAUUCCUUUAGUUAUAACAACGCUAUCAUAGUAUUAAAUAACAUAAGUAUAUUAUGUACUCAAGACAAUAUGUAAAUAAUCGAAAUCUGUAGUAUAUUAUUUGUAAGAUACUGAUGAAAAAGUCACUGCCAACUUAUGUAAGAAAAGGUUUACCAAUAUUGUUUACUUUUAUUACAAGGAAGUGGUGUCUACUUUGCAAAAGUUUAAAAUGGUUAUGUAAACAAUAAUUAGUUUGAUUUAUUAAUUUAGCAGUGUAAAACAUAAUUUAUUGUAAAAGAAACCAAUAAUGGAAAAUUUACCCUUUAUGCAAAAACUGUAUAUAUGUUAUUUAAGACUAGACUUAAAAUUGUGAUUUAGUAUUAGAAUAUUUUAAUAUAGGUACAUAAUAAUGUAAUGGGUGAGAAGUUAUAAAUUCUUUCUUGUCCAUAUUUGGAAUUAUUCAAUGAAAAGAAACAUCUCAUCCAGACAAAGAGAAACAAUACUGCAUCAAAAUGAUGCUCUUAAAUUAGCAUUUUUCAACUAAAAUAAACGUCGAUAACAUA